AUGAACAUCGAGAUUUCGGACUCGAAAAUAAAAGGUGUCAGCACUGGGACCACCAUACUAGCAGUCAAGUUCAAUGGCGGUGUCAUCAUUGGCUCUGACUCCAGGGCAUCUAUGGGCGGAUCAUAUGUAUGUUCAAAAACCAUCAACAAGCUUAUCCAGGUCCAUGACAGGAUAUUCUGCUGUAUUGCCGGAUCCUUAGCAGAUGCACAGGCAGUUACCAAAAUGGCAAAGUUCCAGUUGUCUUUUCAUAGCAUCCAGAUGGAGUCUCCUCCGCUGGUGAAGGCUGCUGCCUCCGUCAUGAAGGAGCUCUGCUACAGCAACAAGGAGGAACUCCAGGCCGGCUUCAUCACCGCAGGCUGGGACAGGAAGAAAGGCCCACAGGUGUACACUGUGUCGUUGGGCGGGAUGCUCCUUAGUCAGCCCUUCACUAUCGGGGGGUCGGGGAGCACCUACAUCUAUGGCUACGUGGACGCCAAAUACAAGCCAGACAUGAGCCGAGAAGAGUGUCAACAGUUUGCCACCAAUGCAAUUGCUCUGGCCAUAGGGAGGGACAAUGUCAGUGGAGGAGUGGUACACCUGGUUGUGAUUGCCGAAGAUGGAGUUGAACAUGUGGUCAUUCCUGGAGACAAACUUCCCAAAUUCCAUGAUGAAUAGAAGCACUGUAUUAAGCACUCUUGGAGGAGGAUAAAUAUGAGUUUCACUCAUUAUCAUGUUAUAUAAUUAUAUAUGUUGUGUUAUUAUAUAGCCUAAUAAUAGCAUAAACUCUGUCAGUAACUAACACCACUUGACUUCAUGUGUACAAAUCCUGAUUUUAUUUUAUUUUUUAAAUAUAUGUAUAAUAUUCUGGAACACUCCCUGUUGUUUUCAUAUCACAGAUGUAAUCUGUUUUAAACAGUGGGAUGUAAGCAAUUUUUUAGCCAUAUCACAUUUCCUGCAAGACAAAAUUAAACUUUACACAGGGAUACCAAUCGUCACAACAGACUAAUGUUUGUUUUUUUACCAUUCUACCUACUGUAGCCCCAUUAUGCACACUGUUCCUCCUCUGUCACGCUGUAAUAGACAUUG